AUGCAGUGGGAUAAUGCGAGGAAUGUUGCCUCGGAUCCUGCUGCCAUACGUAUAAUGCUCAGUGGGCUCCUCCAAGUAUCAGUCUCGGGCUUGGUGCUUUUGCUAUUGGGCUGGAUCUCGACACCGUUCCUCUACAACAGGAUUGGAUACUGGAUGUCAGGAGUCUGGAGGAUGUUCACGGGUCCCAAGUGGGAGGCAGUACUCCCAACGGUGCGAAACCAGAAUGAGCAGUCACAGAAAGGGGGUAUCAGAGUCAAGCCCGUGUGCUUGGUUGUGAUCUUUGUGACGCUGGUCAUCUUGCAGAUCUUGCGGCCGCCAACGCCUUAUGGGCUCAUGUCAACCACUAUCCCAGUAGCCAUGCUACGGAUGUUCUCAAGGCCUCACUCACAUUCGCAUCCGGAUUCACAUGCAGAGAAAUGUUCACCACACGUCGCGGCCUAUCCGCUUGUGAACCUCACCACGCCGGACAACUGGGAGCAACCAAAUGGCAAUUUCAAAGGCUGGGCGCCAGGCCCAGAUAAUGAUAUGAUCAAAAGCUACCGUAACCGCCGCCCAGAAUGGCUCCCCAAUACCCUUCCAGACGGGUUCUUUCGAUGGGCCAAACCAUCUGGAGAGGAACAGAAUGCUACAUCGAGCACGGAGUGCAACAAGACUGUCUCGACUACAUACUACUACAAUCCUGUUGCGGAUCCUAUGCGCAUCACCAACCUCGAUCUUGGGGUAUACAAAGACCUGGAAGAGGUAUUCCGGAAUGAAUCCGUCCUCAUCUCGCAUGUGUUGCUGAUCACCAUGGAAAGUGCACGCAAAGACAUGUUCCCUAUGCAGGAAGGCUCAUUCGUGCAUAAGGCUAUCAUCGACUCUAACGAAGAGGAAGAACAAAAGGAGAAGAACAAGCUACUUUCACAGUUGACGCCGGUUGCCCAUCAGAUUACUGGCGAGGGUUUCUGGAAUAAACUCAAGCCAAAUCAGUCUGCAUUUGGAAUCCCAGACGGCAUAUGGAAAGAUUCCGCAGCUCUGGGAAUGGGGGGCCUCAACGUCAAGGGUGCCGUGACUGGAAGCACCCUGUCUGCCAAAAGCUUCCUAGGCAGCCACUGUGGAGUCCAUCCGCUGCCGGUUGAUUUCCUGGAAGAGGUGACCACGAACGUCUACCAGCCAUGCAUUCCUCAUAUAUUGAAUCUGUUCAACCAGGCCAAGGAAGGCCACGAGGAGAGAGCGGCGGACAAUCACAGCGCACCCAAUAAUGUGCCCCAUGUCAAGAAGCGCAAAUGGAGAUCCAGGUUCAUACAAGCGGCCACAGAUGGGUAUGAUAGGCAGAGCCGGUUAAACAAGCAGCUCGGGCUGUCGGACUUUAUUGUCAAGGAGACUUUGACGGAUCCAACGUCAAAGUACUACCCUCCCAAGCACGCUGAGCUCAACUAUUUCGGAUACCCCGAUGAAGAAAUGAAGCCAUGUAUCAGCGAUACCAUUGACGAGGCUUUGGAAAAAAACGAACGGCUCUUCCUCUCACACUUCACCAGUACCACUCACCAUCCAUGGAAGGUUCCAUAUGAAUUCAACCGCGAGAAGUACACUGGCUCCAAGGGAAACGCAGACCAUGAAAAUAUGAAUAAGUAUCUAAACACCUUGCGAUACGACGAUGCCUGGCUGGGCCAGAUAUUGGGUUUGCUUGACGAAAAGGGUAUUGCCAACGAGACUUUGGUUGUCGUCCUGGGAGACCACGGACAAGCAUUCGAAGAAGAUUCUCCUGUCCAAGGCACUUAUCAGAACGGUCACAUCAGCAAUUUCCGGAUCCCUAUCGUCUUCCGCCAUCCGCUUCUUCCUCGUAUCAACAUAGAAGCCAACGCAACCUCGAUGAGCGUUCUUCCUACGAUCCUCGACCUUCUCGUGAACUCCAAUUCACUCGAUGCCCAUGAUACUUCUAUCGCCCAAGACCUUAUCCACGACUACCAGGGACAGUCUCUUAUCCGUCCCUUCAGAUCAGAGUACAAAGGGCGCCAGGCUUGGAACAUUGCCGUCAUCAACGCAGGCGGGAAGAUGAUCUCCGUAUCGUCUGCUUCAACACCAUGGCGAGUUGUGGUCCCGCUCGACGGCGAGUCGCAGUAUAUCUUCAGCGAUCUCCGCACCGAUCCGAACGAGCUCGACACCCUUACUGGCUGGAAAAUCGACCAUCUGCUCCCCGCCGUGAAAACCAAACACGGCGCGGCUGCGAGACAGUGGCUCAAGGAGGCCGAUGAGGUUACCAGCUGGUGGGUGAAGGAGAUGCAUCAUCUCUGGAAUUACAGCAAAGACUCGAGCAGCUAG